GUGAGGUUUGGUUGUUCUGGAAUGAUGCUGGUGUGAAAUCGAGAAGGCGAACAUCAGAUGAACCUCAGCCAAUCGGAGCGAUCGCUAAGGUGGCCUCAAACUCCCUGACCAAUCACCGCGCAGUAUUUCUUCAGCUCGCGACGGAGCGGCGCAUCACCGGCAGCUGUUUGCGUUGAACGUCACGCGUUUGAUCAUCACUGUUUCACCGGAGCGGCGUCUUUCAUCAUUCCGCGUGCGCUACAUUCACUCGCAACAUCAGAUCGGCAGUGGUCAUCAUGCCUGACAGGGACAUCACAUCUACAGUUUGGCAUCCAGAACCGGGGGCAGUGGAGGACGUGUUUGAUCACACGUAUAAAGAGAAAGAAGGGCCCAAGCCUCCCAUCGUCAUAGUGUGGAGAAAUGUGAUUCUGAUGAGUCUCCUGCACAUCGGAGCUCUGUACGGACUGCUCCUGCUUCCUUCUGCACGCGCUCUCACAUGGAUCUGGUUUUUUGGGUGUUUGUUGUUCAGUGCUCUGGGCAUCACCGCCGGCGCUCACAGACUCUGGAGUCACCGAUCAUAUAAAGCAUCAUUACCUCUCCAGAUCUUUCUCGCCGUCGGAAACUCCAUGGCCUUCCAGAAUGACAUCUACGAAUGGUCUCGAGAUCACCGCGUUCACCACAAAUACUCCGAGACGGACGCCGACCCUCACAACGCUGUGCGAGGCUUCUUCUUCUCUCACGUCGGCUGGCUCCUGGUGCGCAAGCAUCCGGACGUCAUCGAGAAGGGACGCAAGCUGGAGCUCAGCGACCUGAAGGCAGAUAAAGUCGUCAUGUUCCAGAGAAGGUUCUACAAGCCGUCUGUUCUGCUGAUGUGCUUCUUCGUGCCGACGGUCGUGCCGUGGUACUUCUGGGGCGAGUCUCUGUGGGUGGCGUAUUUCGUCCCUGCCCUCCUCCGAUACGCUCUUGUGCUCAACGCCACCUGGCUGGUCAACAGCGCCGCGCACAUGUGGGGGAACCGGCCCUACGACGCCAAAAUCAACCCCCGGGAGAACCGAUUCGUCACCUUCAGCGCUAUCGGUGAAGGCUUUCAUAACUAUCACCACACGUUUCCCUUCGACUACGCCACCAGUGAGUUCGGCUGCAAGCUCAACCUGACCACCUGCUUCAUAGACCUCAUGUGUUUCCUGGGUCUGGCCCGAGAGCCCAAGCGUGUGUCCCGAGAGGCCGUGCUCGCUCGAGCCCAGCGCACCGGAGACGGCAGCCACUGGAGCGGCUAACGACCGCCGUCCGUUCAUCCCAACGAACGGCACACCGGAAAACAGGAGGACAAUCAGUCCUUCCAGCGACGCUGUUGAAGCUUCCGCUCUAACUCUGUGUCAGAUGACAAAUGUUUUUUUUUUCCCCUCAGUCUAGCCUGUGAAGCUUUAAUACGGGGAUCCGGCCUGUUUGUGUAGCGCUUAUUCAGAUUUUCUUUCCGGCUGUAGAUCUGUUCUGAGCUCUUGUCACUGACUCAAUGCAGGAGCUAAUCACGGAGCCCAAACCCUGCCAAACUUAGCUGUGCAUCUCGCUAGAAAUGAACCAAGAUGCACAUCGAUUUAAUAUUCUAGAGUGUUUCAUGGGUUAAUAUUGCCAAUUGGUUUUGUUGCCAUGCUUGCACAGAUUAUUCACUUGCAAUCCGUUUUAAUGGUUUGUGAUUUAUUAUAUUUUUGUGCAUUUCUGACCACAGCACAAAUGCGGAUUGAGAUUAAUGUCUAAUCCGUAAACCCACUUUGAAACGUUGACUUCUAAUUAAUAAUUAAAAGUCACUGAGGAAUCCAGAAGGAAUCUGUCGCUGGAUUGAUUGGUUGAGGUUGCAUUGAUUCUUGAUGGUUUAGUACUGUACGAUGUUUAGCUUGGUUUUGUAUAAUUAAUUGUGCAAUGCCAUGCUGAGUCCUGCUUUUUCAUACGUCUUGUUCGUGUAAGCAUGCUGUACUACUACAGAACUCUUUUCUAUCGCAAAAGAAUACAGACGGAUGUCUCUGUGGAUUUACAGUAAUUCUGAUAAUUAAUGUGUGUUACGAUGCCAAAACCCAUCUGUGUUGCAUGCGAUCUGAAUCUAGUUUACCUUUAUGUUUAAUCAAACAUAAUGCUUUUUUUUUUUUUUUUUUAGUGCUAUUUUUGCUUAGUUACUUGUCAUUAAUUUGUUUGGCAACUUUAAAACCAUUUGGAUUGUAUUUCUUUAAAGACUUUAUACUGUACACACUGGACAGAUCGCCUUAUUUUUACUCUUGACACUUGACUUUGACUCAAGAUGCCAAAAAACGGUUGUGAUAUUUCUCAUGCCUUCGGCUCUUAAAACUAACGUGAUGUUCCUGUUUGCGAUAACAGCCUGUAAUAAUCAAUUGACUCUUGAUUGAUGAUCAUUCACUGGAAAUAAAGUCUGAAGCAACAAGCUUCUACACUUUCUGACA